AUGGGCAGCACUGACGGAUUCCAGUACCGUGCCCUCUACCCCUACCGCAAGGAGCGUGAGGAGGACAUUGAUCUGCUGCCUGGGGACAUCCUGGUGGUGAGCAAGGGGGCCCUGCAAGCUUUGGGCUUCAAAGAAGGAGAUGAGCAGACCCCCAAUCAGAUAGGGUGGAUCUUGGGCGUCAACGAGCGGACCAAGCAGAAGGGCGACUUUCCCGGCACAUACGUGGAGUACGUGGGGCCUGUGAAGAUCUCAGUCCCUUCUCACCGGCCCCGAGUGCAGAGACCCCUCCCUGCAACGCCGGGGGCCAGCGGGGGGCGGCUGCCAGAGGCUCUGGAGCAAGGUAAGCGGUUGGGUUGGUCUCUCCCAGACCUGCAGGACCAGUUCAGCCCCCCCGAGAUCGCACCACCGCUGCUGGUGAAGCUGGUGGAAGCUAUUGAGAAAAAAGGGUUAGACAGUGAGAUGUUGUACAGGACAUCUGGCUCUGAGCUGAGGCAAGCGCUGAGAACCGAUUGGACCCUGGGCGACCCGGAGCCCUUCGAUGUGCACUCCCUGGGCGAGGCGCUGCGAGGAUACCUGCAGGACCUGCCCUCCCCCGUGGUGCCAGUGGCCGCGCACGGGGACAUCCUCCGUGUCCUGCAGGAGAUCCCUCAGCCGGAGAAUUGCCGGAAGCAGCUGCUGCUGGCCCUGGAGUCGCCUGCGGUCCCACUCCAGAACAUGCUCACCCUGCAGUUCCUGCUCCGGCAUCUGGGGAAGGUAUCGCAGCAGGCUGAGAGCAACAACCUCCACCCUCGGGCCCUGGGAGAGAUCUUCGGCCCCCUUCUCCUCCGUCUGCCUGGCGCCAGCCCAGAGCUGAGCCCUGACUUCUCCAUUCUGUUUCUGGAGACACUUCUGCAGACGAAGGAGUUGGAGCCAGAGCAGUUGCCUCCAGCUUUGCCUCCAAAACCACCUAAGCCAAAGCCCAGCGCAGCCAGCCUGGCCAACGGGAACAGCAUGCCCUUGCAGGAUGCUGAGUGGUACUGGGGUGACAUUUCCCGGGAGGAGGUGAAUGAGAAGCUACGAGACACCCCAGAUGGUACCUUCUUGGUGCGUGAUGCCUCCAGCAAGAUCCAAGGGGAGUACACGCUCACGCUCAGGAAGGGAGGUAAUAACAAGCUGAUCAAGAUCUUCCACCGGGAAGGGAAGUAUGGCUUUUCGGAGCCCCUGACUUUUGGCUCGGUGGUGGAGCUCAUCACCCAUUACCGGCAUGAGUCGCUUGCCCAGUACAACGCCAAGCUGGACACCAGGCUGCUCUACCCCAUCUCCAAGUACCAGCAGGACCAAGUGGUGAAAGAGGACAGCGUGGAAGCCGUCGGGGAGCAGCUGAAGGUCUAUCACCAGCAGUACCAGGACAAGAGCUGGGAGUACGACCUGCUGUAUGAGGAGUACACACGCACCUCCCAGGAGCUGCAAAUGAAGAGGACAGCAAUUGAGGCCUUCAACGAGACCAUCAAGAUCUUUGAGGAGCAGUGCCAGACACAGGAGAAAUGCAGCAAGGAGUACAUAGAGCGCUUCCGGCGGGAGGGCAACGAGAAGGAGGUGCAACGGAUCCUCAUGAACUCGGAGAAGCUGAAAUCUCGCAUCACGGAGAUCCACGACAGCAAGAUGAAGCUGGAGCAGGACCUGAAGAAACAAGCCUCGGAGAACCGGGAGAUCGACAAGCGCAUGAACAGCCUCAAGCCAGACCUCAUGCAGCUGCGCAAACUGCGGGACCAGUAUUUGGUGUGGCUGACGCAGAAAGGCGCCCGGCAGAAGAAAAUUAACGAGUGGUUGGGCAUCAAGAAUGAGACAGAGGACCAGUACUCCAUGAUGGACGACGAGGAGGAGCUGCCCCACCACGAGGAGCGGACGUGGUACGUGGGGAAGAUCAACCGCUUGCAGGCGGAGGAGAUGCUGUGCGGCAAGCGGGACGGCACCUUCCUGAUCCGUGAGAGCAGCCAGAAGGGGUGCUACGCCUGCUCCGUGGUGGUGGAUGGUGACACCAAGCACUGCGUGAUCUACAAAACGGCUACCGGCUACGGCUUCGCCGAACCCUACAACCUCUACGCCUCCCUCAAGGACCUGGUCUUGCACUACAAGCACACAUCCCUGGUGCAGCACAAUGACUCCCUGAAUGUCACCCUGGCGCACCCGGUCCUUUCCCAGCCGCCAGCCAGAUGAGCAGCCCAUGCACAACACAACAGCUGCCUUCAGCUUCUCCCCACGGCGCUGCUUUUCUGGCUCUGGACUCUUGCACCCUGUAUAGUUGAGUCUCUGUGCUCCUGCCCCUCCAGAGCCUCUGAGAUGUCCGUGACCGUUCCUGGUGUCCCUUUUGGUCAGUAGCUGAAACCCAUGUUGGCUGAUGGGACAAAAAAAAGCCUGGGCUGGUGACUCCCAGCAGGCUCUGGCCUCUAGGAGAUGGGAUCCAAUCGCGAUUGAAUUGCUGUGGGCGAGCGCAGCCCCCUCCCCUUCCCAAAAAACCAGUCAGAUCCCCUUCUUGCUGGCAGGUGCCCCGCUACGCAUCGCUGCAGAGCUACGUUCCCAAAUCCU